AUGGAGGAGUCAUCAUUUACAAACCCUUCCAGCAUCCACGAUAAAUCAGAAUGUCAAAUCAUUGACCCAGUUAUUUCCACCAAACCUUUCCAGGAUGUCUUUGUAAAAUUUAACAUUUGUUUAUCCAAAUCUAACACAAAUCCUUCUGAUAAGUUGAAAACUACAGAGCAGGAAGUAAAGAUCCUGGUAUCUCCUUCUCUUCCUCUUUCUGCUGCACCAGAGGAAGAAGGGGGACCAAUCCCCAAUGAAAUCUUCAUCAAAGAUGUUCCUGCUACCUUUUCUCCAUGGGCAGUCAUUGCAGUGAUUCUGGGGAUCUUUAGCUUAUUGUUGAUGAUAACAUCUGGAUUCUUUGGUUACCAAUAUUUUCAAAAUAUCCAGCAAUCAGCUAGUAAGAUGGAUGACCUCACCAAAGAACUGGAGUCUUUGCUCAACACACUAGAAAACUUCACUGGAACAAUGAAGAAAAUACAAGAGGACAUUUUAGGGAAUCUUAAAAUCCAGAUUGAAAAGCUCUUUGGCAUUCUGAAAUUGCAGAAGAUGAACCAAGGAAACUAUUCUGCACCUUGUCUGAAACACUGGAAACAGUACAAAGAUAAUUGCUACCACCAAACUCUCAAGGCUGUGUCUUGGUUUAACUGUUCUAAUCUUUGUGUCUCCAUGAAUUCUACAUUUUUACAAUCAGGAAAUGAUAUGCUAGUGGAUUCCAUGAAAAAGUUUACAUUAAAUGAUACCUGGAUUGGCAUCUCUUACCAAAGAGACAGUAAUGAAUGGAAGUGGAUAGAUGGCUCUUCCUAUCCUUUUAGAGCAUCACUAAAGCCAGAAUAGAAUUUCCGGGACUUUUGUGUAUAUAUAAAGUUAUACACCAUGGAUUCAUAUCACUGUAAUAAAACUUUGCCUUGUAUAUGUGAGAAGAAGGCUUUCAGUGCUGAGAAUUAA